CGAUAUACGUACUGGUAUCAUUCGAUGUGGUUCGAUAUCCGGCACUUGCCAAAGUUAUGGAGCGCUGUGCAUUGCGCGCGAGGGAGUAUCAUGACUUCCGAAAAUUAUCCAGAGAUAAUUUGUUGUUGUUCUACAUAUCGCUGAUCGCACUGAUCUUUAUUACUUUGUUCCUGUGCGGCUUUUUCUCCGGUGCUCAUUAUGACAAUGAGAUCGCCUCGGACUCGAAUAUCCCGAAAUACGUCGGUAACUUGAGAAUAAAGACAGAUCUGUUAUACAGACCGUUGAUAAAAAGAUUAAUAUUCAUGGUGAUCGACGGGUUAAGGUGGGACUUUGUCGCGGGUCCAAUAGGAAAAGUCGCCAUGCCGUUGACGAGUGAUAUCCUGACAAACGAUCGCGGAUGCUUGUUACGAGCUAUAUUGCAGGCACCAACAGUGACGAUGCCUAGAAUAAAAGCCAUGAUGACUGGUACAGUGCCAAACUUUGUAGAUGUAAUACUGAACUUUGGGAGUAAACCUUUGCACAGCGACAAUUUGUUGUUUCAAGCGAAGGCACAUGGACACAAAUUAAUAUUUUAUGGGGACGAAACUUGGCUCUCUCUAUUUCCUAAUAUAUUUGAUCGUCACGAUGGUACUACUUCGUUUUUUGUUACAGAUUUUACAGAGGUAGAUAAUAAUGUGACUCGACAUAUACGAAACGAGUUGAGUAAUGACGAUUGGGAUGUGAUGGUUCUUCAUUAUCUCGGACUAGAUCACAUUGGUCAUGUCGAAGGUCCGUUUGGUCCGUCAAUCAAACCUAAAUUACAAGAAAUGGAUAAAAUUGUCGCUCAAAUAGCCCAUAAAGUUUGGGAUUGGAAUGGCGAUGGAGAAUCUACACUUUUCAUCGUCUGCGGUGAUCAUGGGAUGAAAGACUCUGGCGGCCACGGCGGCUCGACGCCGGAAGAAACAACAGUGCCGCUUAUUACGAUAGGAGGAACUGUCUGUGCAUAUCAGGAAGACUCUGAAUUGAGAUCUCCGAUGGAGAUCCAGCAACUCGAUGUUGCGGUGACAUUAUCAGCCGCCCUCGGACUACCCAUUCCUUCUACAAAUCUUGGCUCCGUAUUUCUGGAUCGCAUCUACGAUCUCCAAGACGCUCAGCGGCUCUUCCUCCUCAAUUACAACUCGAGACAGGUGUUUGACCAUUUCCAGAAAUUCGCCUUUCGCGAGGAUCAAAUUGAAUAUACGUACCAGAAAUAUUUGGAUGCCGCGGAUCUGCACCUUGAUUGGUUGAACUCAAACGAAACACAGCGUGAUCGAAACAUUGAAAAUAUUGCUUUGUCUUAUCACGCGGUUCUUAAUGCGAUGAAGAACCUUGUAACUAACCAUAUAGUCAAUUAUGACUUUCGUCUGAUAAUUGUUGCCUUGAUCGUCAUGUUGCAAGUAGUUUUCAUCGCGUUUUAUGUAGAAACUGCAGUUUGGCGUAAAAAGACUCCAUCUUUUUUUUUGGUGGGAUUUUGUCUGUGCUUAGGAUUGUAUGAUCUUUACAGUUUUGGAGACACAACUUCUUUCUAUCCGACGAGUAUACUCAAAACUAUGUUGUUCCUACUAAUCAUCGGCGUUUUAUAUAUUAACUGUAAUCUUUUAUAUAACGACCAGAAAAAUGUUACGCUGGAACUAAAGAUAUACAAAAUGUUAGAAAUUAGUACGGUGAUGCAUAUAAUAAGCUUCUGCGGUAGCAGUUACAUCGAGGAAGAACAUCAGACAUGGCACUUUUUCUGGUCUACUUUAAUCGCAUAUCUUGUCUAUAAAUAUUUUACGAAAUUGCUUGCAUUAAUGAUGCAUCAUCGAAAUAAUAUAGUGCAAUCAAUCGAAUAUUACGUAAAACAUUGCGCUAUGCUGUUAUUGCUGUUUUUGGGACACAUAUUUCUGCGAAAGCUAAACCGCACAGGCAACAAGUGGGCCCAUCUGCCUGACAUAGCUCGGUGGUUGAAGGAGGACGAUAGUAAAAUCGGCAUGACACUCCUACUUUUAACUGCAUUCGCUCUUCUAAUCUGGAUUGCUUAUAAAUUUGAAGAAGAAGAAUACAAGCAGCAAUCGUUGUUUCGGAAUACAGCUAUCGCGGUAUGUAUAUAUCUUCGCCAUAUGUCCAACGAUGCAGUCGUGAAAAUUCCAUUGUAUUCCUCAAGUGGAAUAUAUGAAGUACAAAUAUUUUGGGUAAUAAUAGUGAUAUCUCUGAUAACAAACUAUGGAUACCGAGUGAUAAGGAUAAUUAAGGAUGAUAGCAAUUAUUUUACGGAUGCGAUUCUGUUCUUUAUCAUAAAUAUAUGGGUGAUGAUCUCGGCGAUGUUGCACCAACCGUAUAAUGUGAUCCUGUUGCCGAUGCAGAUCAUUGUAAGCUUAAUAAUUGACACUGUAUUGAGAGAAAACAAUUCGCUUGAUCGUGGAGUUUUCUUACAUUAUUGGCUGGGCAAUGUAUUUUAUUUCUAUCAGGGAAACUCUAAUAGCCUUGCGAGUGUAAACGUCGCGGCAGGAUAUGUCGGUCUACAAUCUUACAUGCCUUUUGUUACCGCUGUGUAUUUAAUCAUCAAUACUUAUUCCGCGCCUGUCCUGGCUUACUUCCUGCUCAUUUACUAUCGGCAGAUGAAUGAGAUAUAUCUCUGCACAAACAUUGAGAGGAUUGUACAUACAAAUAAGCGUUACAUCGCGUGGAGGUUGCUGACGACUGUUUUCUACAUGUACCUUACCAUCUUCCAGCGUAACCAUUUAUUUGUGUUGUCGGUGUACUUGCCAAAAUUGUUGUAUGAGGUGACGUAUACCGCGACGAUGUGUUGCAGCGCACUAUUAACAGUGAUUGUAAUUGCGGUGCAACAUGCAAUGAUUCCUUUUGACGACGUGCACAGAUGUAAUAAUUGCGGGACCGGUAUACGAAACGGACAUGCGUUUGCACAAUCGUAGAAACCGGUGCAAGAAACGGACAUGCGUUUGUACAAAUAAACAAAAUUUAUAUUUUGACGUUUCGGAAA